AUCAAAUACUUUAAACGUUUAAACUUUAAUACUGUAUAGUUUACAUAGUGUUUAUAUAAUAUACUGUUCAUGCUUAACUAGUAUUUGUUAUUUAGUUCUGAGUAAUUAUUAAAAAUAAGUUUACCUACUUGAUAUAUUUUCUAGGUAAGAAUUGUAACCUGUGUAUUUAUAGUGAUUGAAUAAUACUUAAUCGUGCGUAUUGAAAUAUUUGACCUAACUCAUAAAAUAUCAAAAUGACGUUUUGCAUGGCUGUUAGUGAAACAACUGUUGUAGUGUCUUCAAUAGAUGUUGAUAAAUGUUUUGUGUAUUCAUUAGACAGUGGAAAUGUUAAAAAUCUCACCGAAAGUUUGGGUGAAGCGUAUAAAAACAUUCCAAUCAACAACCACGACUUGCAAAAAGCAUGUGCGGCAUUUUCAGCUGAUGGCACACUAUUUGCUUACAACCCGAACAAAGGUAAACUUCUAAGCAUCUGGAACACCGCAAACUGGACAUUAGUUGAAAACAAAACACUAGCAAAGCAUGCAACAAACAUAGUUUUUACUCCAAAAACUAAUGUAAUUAUUGUCGGUGAUAAAAAAGGUGAUGUUUAUGCAUUUGAAGAACUCCCUGUCCGUAUCCUGGGUCAUUCGUCUAUGAUCCUUGAUAUUUGUAUAAGUGAUAAUGAAAAGUAUAUAGUUACAUGUGACAAUGAUGAAAAAGUACGAGUUUCACAUUAUCCAAAUGGUAAAAACAUUGUGUAUUACAUGAUGGGACAUGAAGCAUAUGUUAGUGGAAUUUGUUUAUUGAAUAAUUUUAUUCUAUCUGGCUCUGGUGACAGUACUCUACGUCUGUGGGACUUCAAUAAAGGCAAUCUGCUUGAUAAACUAACUCUUCAUACUCCAAUUCAAAGCGUUAUUGAAAUUAAAGACUUAGCCGCUAUUCAAUUAUAUAAUUCUAAAGAUGUACAUAUCAUUAAAACAGAGAAAAAAGAUAACAAAUGGAAUAUUAAAAAUAUAAAAACUAUUCAAUUUGAAAGCAAUGUUUUGGAUUUAGCAGCAUAUGGUAAUCAACUGUGGAUUUUAACAGGUAACUCUGUUUAUAAGUACACUAUUGAUGCUAGUAAUGAAAUCAUUUUAAAAAUCGAGGAUGCUGAUAUGACACAUAUAUUUGAAACGUUAAGUAAUUUAGUUAAAUCCUUUGUAUGCUUGGAAAAAACUGAUUUGAUGAAUUUUCUUUAUAAUAAAAUGAUUGAUAGACAAAAGAGAACUGAACAAUAUAAACAAAAGAGUAAUACUCCAGUAUUACACCAAACAAAAAGACUUAGAACUGAAGUUAAUUUAUGAUAUUUAAUUGAAAUGUUUUUUUAUAUUGUAAGGCUGUUAAUAGUUUUUAUAUUUAUUCUAGUUAAGUAAUUAAAUUAAUAUGAUACUGAUAAUUUAUGGUUAUAAAUAUUUAAUAUAGUCUUUAAAUUGUAUAGGUAAACCAUAAGUGUAACAUUAACAUUUUUAAUAAACAAUUUUAUUUUUAGAAUAAUAUUUGUUACUUACUAAUGAGAAAUUAUGAUUUUACACCAUUACCAUACAUAUGGCCUACACAUUAAUUAAACUGUUAGACUUCAGUGUUCUAGAAAACAUGAUUUAUUAUUUAUGAUUUUUAUAUGUUUUGCUGCUGACUGCUGAGAACUCUUAUUUAUUCUGUUACAUUCAUACGGUUUGUCGUUAUGUGCAAUGUCGUACCAUUACUUACACAAUGUACAUCCAAUGAGAAUUAUCAGUUGAAAACCAAUAAUAAUAAUAAAUAUAUAUUUUGUACCUUCCUGUAUUAAUAUUAGUAAACAUACCAUAAAAUGCAUUAAAAAUAAUACAAUAAAUUGGUAAAAACGUUUUAUUUA